GCGUGUUUAACCCGGACAUGUCUGGUGUGUUGCGGAGGAGGGAUGUUGACAUCUGUCCUCUGAUAAAAUGUUUCGUCUCUGCCAACAAGCGGUUUUUGUGCACAAACAGCGGAGCGGCUUCGGAUUCAGGCUGUAUUUUCCUAGCUGUAGCAGUUACUCAACAUCUCAAGCCAGACUUGGUGUUCUUCAGAGAGUAAGUGACAAGUAUGAGCGCUUCUUGGAGCAACAAUUUCCUCGAUUUUAUAUCUUAUACCACACCCUCAGGAGAGGGUUCCAGCUUCUCUUUGAAGAUGUAAAAGAGGUCAGAAGAAUAAAGAGGAUCAUGCGUAGUAAUAACAUCCACCACAGAGAGCUCCCAUAUCGAGACAUGGAGAGGCUUAUCCUGUUUAGAAGAGACAUGAUUAAAGCCGUUCCACUGGUCGUGAUCUCUCUUCCUCCAUUUGCCAUCGGUUUGGUCUUCGUCCUAAUGUGCCUCUUUCCACGGCAGCUACUGUUUCGACACUUCUGGACUCCACAGCAGCAGAGGAAGUUCCAGGCGAUUACUCAUCUGAAGCGUUCUCAACACCAGGCGGAGAUUCUGAAAAACCUUGUCUGGACAAUCCCGCGUGUCGACGAGUGGCCCAGGCGUACUUUGCUCUUGAACCUGUGUGCCAAGAUCCAGAGCGGGGCCCAUCCAAGUGUUUCUGAACUCAAAGCCGUACGCGAGGUCUUCUCUGGCGCUCCACUGGGAAUGCGGUCUUUGGUACCACGUCAUUUGAGAUCACUGGGCUCUCAGCUCCCUGUAAUCGUGUGGUUGCCUAGUUUCCUGGUGCGGAGGCGGCUCACCACGAAAGCCCUGGACCUGCUAUAUCUGGACCGAGCUUUAGACUCUCUAGGCCUAGAUCAGCUCAGCGAUGAAGAAAUGAGACGGGCCUGUGACCUUCGAGGGCUGAAUCCCAGCCAUCUUAGUUCCAGUCAGUGCAGAGAGUGGCUUCAACAGUGGCUCCAGUUUUCUAUACAGGUCGAAGAAUCGGAAACCUCACUCUUGCUUCACAGCAUGGCAAUCCUAACACUUAACUACCCUUCAGUCCCAAAGUGAACAAGGAAGGAUGCUGCAUGGUCACAUAUCACCAUUCAACUGUUUACAGAAGAGGUUUCAUUAUAAAUGACCACUUCACUUUACAGAGUUUACAUCCCAGAUGUGCUAAUAAACAAAUAGCCUUCAUUUUACAUGCCAACAUUCCACCCAAAGCGUUUAAGUUGUCUUAAAACAUCUGCAUUCUGGGCCAACUCCUAAAUGUGUCGGACCAGUGAUGACUGUUAAUAGUCUUUAUAGCGUUUGCUGUCUUUGUAUUCCCUUUGACUGUGAAUAUUUUGUGAAAAUGUUAACUGACUUCUAUACCCUGGAAAGCUACUUUUGUAAAUUGGAUCAAGUUACUCAUAGAAAUGUUAUUUAUUAAAAUCACAGACUGAAACAUUCACAUUUGCGGAACCUGUAGAUCUUUGUUUUGUGGAAGUGUUUUCUGGUUUUUGGAACUGAACAGAAGUGGGAAGAUCAUAUCUGAUGGCCCUGUUUACUGAGAAGUGCUGUGGCUUCAGGUGAAAACUGAAAUAUUGACAUAUAAUUGUGGUUAAUUAUUCAGUUGCCUUCACCCUCAUUUGCUGUCAUAAGUGGAUUCUACUUUAUUAUUUAUUUUUAUACUGUGCUUUUUGAAACAUCAGCUCUUUGUGGUUCUGCUUAGAAAAACCUGCUGCCUGUCAUUGCAUUUUUUUUAUUGUUCAGUCCAAAUUAAUUGCAGUUUGACGUCAUACAACUUCAUGUUAAUCUCAGGUUACCACUUUUUUAAGGUCUGCGGUUGGAAAUUUUUAUGUUGAAAUGCUUUCCUAUGUGAACAUGGGACAUUAAAAUAUUAAAUUAUGUGA